GCCUGGGGACCGCGUCAUGGGGUGCCUGCGCUUCGGCGCCUACGCCAGCCACGUGAACGUCCCAGCCCACCAGGUUCGCAAGAUCCCCCUGGACUGGUCCUUUGCCCAGGGGGCAGCCUUCCUGGUGCAGUCGCUGACCGAGGCCGGCUCAAGAAGCCACGCGGGGGGCCAGACGGUGCUGGUGCACUCGGCUGCUGGCGGCUGUGGCCUGCAGGCCAUCGCGGUCUGCCUCAAGAUGGGGGUCAGGGUCGUCGGCACCGUGGGGUCCGCCGCCAAGGUCCGGGCGGUGCUGGAGCGGUUCCCGAGCCUGGCGCCCCAGCAGCUGGUCGUGCGGGGGGCGGGCUUCGAGGGCGGGCUGCGCGCCGCCCUGCGCGCCGUCGGCGCGGAGGGCUUCAACGUGGUGCUGGACGCGGUGCUCGGCGAGUAUUUCCAGCCUGGCUGGCGCUGCCUGGCGCAGGGCGGCCGCUACGUGGUGUACGGCGCGGCUUCGAUGACGCCGCAGGCCGACAAAUUGGGAGUGCUGCAGUGGCUGAGGCUGGCGUGGCAGUGGUUGAGGAGGCCUUGGGUGGACCCCCUGCAGCUCCCGACGGACAACAAGAGCGUCAUGGGCUUCAACCUCAUCUAUUCAACGGCAUGUGCCAGCCCGCCAGUCACGACAGCGAGCUGA